GACAACAGGCUGCAGAAUGUGGCUACACCAUGGUGUUGGACACCAAGGGGGACUUAGUCCUCAGAGCCUCUUUCUUGGCGUGCUAUGUAAUAAAUGAGAAAGAUUCAGACUUCAGUCUGCUUGUGUGGUUUGUGCACCAAGAUGAGCGCGGAGAGGAGAGAUCCUACCCUCUACAGCUUAGCUGCCUGCUGGAGCACCCAUGGAAACCCCGCGAGAUCAUCUGUGAGGAGAACUACAUGGAGGUCUCCGUGAGGAAGCUACGCCCUCCUACUGCUCACCAGGGAGUGGAGUGGAUGGCUCCUCCACCCGAGAUGUUGGACGAGGGGAUGAGCGAGUGGCGGGUGGUGUUCCGUGUACCUGGCCCCUCCCACGGGACAAAGAGCCCCCCCGUGAAGAAGGAGACGGUCCCGGUGGAGACGGCCCAGCUCUUGGGUUACCACGUCAACACCAGCAAGACACGCAUCACACUGCGCUGUGCUUACGACUCCCGCCUCUCCUACAAGCUGCAGCAGAAUGGUGUUGAGGUGGAGGUGGUGAGCGCUAGCAUCCUGUAUAAACACCAGUGGGUGCUUCUGCAAGUGGACGCAUCCGUGGCCUGCACCACAAAAAAGGUCACCAUGGAGGGAGGUAACCUUCUGUGGACCUUUCCCAAGAGUCUGUCCCCGCUGGUGCGGGCGCCCUUUAGAGACAGGGGCCUGAGGGUGGGCGUGGAGGGACGCCUUGUUAGCGACUGCACAGCCCGACAACGAGGAUAUAUCAUUAGGAAACAGGGUGGGAACAUAAAAAUCUGGAUUCCAUUCGGAGCAGAAGGAGGAUACAUCAAGAGCUAUGUGCAGGAUGGCCAUUACUUCCAGUCCUACUUCCUGGAUCUGUUCUACAUGCAGCAGUGGGAGGAUGCUCUUUGGCCGAUGACAGUCUCCCGCUCCUACAGGUCCCUGUCAAUCAUGCACCUCCGUCAAACUCCCCGUCUCAUCAACGGCAAGUCUCCUCACAACACCAGCCAGUUAGAGACGCCUCCACCACAGCAUCUCACAUCCUUGUUUUGUCUCGGAUGUUUUUGUGUUUGUUGCUAUGCUACAGUGACCAUGGCAGCGGAGCGUGUGUUCUCCAUAGUUGUGGGCUCCUUCCCUCCGGAUGUCUUCUUCUCCUACCUCAGUGUCGGGGAGCAGACUGUGUCCUGGGAUGAGGUGCCACAUUUCGGCUUCAAUCUCUCAGAAGUCCCCUUCCCAAAUGGCACCCAUGGCUACCUGCUCCAAAUCCCUUUCUCACACACCCUGGUGUCCCAGAAGUAUGUAGGGAAUAGUUAUAGAAACUACAGGCUGACUGGGGUCUUCACCUUCAUCCUCUCCCCCCAUGGAGAGGUCUUCCACCACCCCAUCACCGUGGAGACAGACCUGCAGGAUGUUGUCCUGCCCCGGGUGGAAGGGGACUGCACGGAUAAAGGGGUUCGGCUGCAGGUGCAUCAAGGGAACCUGAUCUCCCAGUGGGAGGUGUAUGUCGGCGGCCGGAGGCUGGACCGGGAGCUGGUGGAGCUGGCGGGCUAUGAGCUGAUCUCCAUGAAUAACUACUCCAUCUUGCAGAUCCCGCUCUAUGGCCUGGGCAUGACCUACGAGGGUCUCAGUAUGCAGGGUCUGGUGGUAAAUGUGGGGGUGAGCGUGGAGGACAAGGAGACGUCUAGAGUGGAGAGCACCUUCACCCAGAAAUGUGUCUUUCCUGUGAGGCAACUGCUUGUGUGUCUGCCCGACGACAGAGUGAUCUUGAUGGUGGACCUGGCGUCGGCCUCCCUGGACAUCGAUCCCAGUCUCACCACCUUACUGGACCCCAGCUGUACCCCAGUCCAAGUGGACGGAACACAGGCCAUCUUCAGCUUCUCUCUGGACUCCUGUGGUACCAUCAGAAACGUGGAGGAGGACCAGGUGGUAUACACCAACGAAGUGAGAUACUCCCCCACAAAUGCCCGGUAUCCUCUCUUCAGCGUCCCUGUUGGCUGUGUCUAUCCGGUGUAUGGCAGUCGCUCCGUGUCCCUCUACCAGCCCAGGCAUGUCUCCCCCUGGGCCCCCAGGAGAGCCUCUCGCUCCUGGUUGGUCCCUCCCCCCAACAGGGGUAGAGCCUCCAGCCCUUCAGAAUACAGCAUCACCCCUCCUUUAGAGAUGAGGCCCGGAGACCCUGGGGGGAACAAAACGGCAAAUAUUUCCAACUAAUAGGUGACAACUG